AAUCAGAACAAAAUGGCCGCCUCUUCUGCUGCUGCAUGGUUCCUUCUCUUAGCAAUCUCCGUCACCAAUGCGCCCUUUGCGAUGAGCAGCAACAGGGCUGCGUGUAUGCCCGUAGUCGCCCCGCUGCUGCCUUGCCUCAUCUCCUUCUCGACGAUGAAUAACAUUACAAAACCGUCAGAAAGCUGCUGCACUGGAGCUUCGCUAGUCGCCAUGGGAGCUAAAACAAAACUGGGGAAGAUAUUUGUGUGUUCUUGUAUCAAAAGAUUGAUGCUCGAUCUUCCCAUGAUCACGCCGAGGAAAGCGCAAAGCACCACCAAACAGUGCAGUGUUGAUCUCCCAAUACCGCAUUACGAUACCAACUGCAUUCUGGGAAAUUGAGUGAAAUUAGAACUGGGGAAGAAAAAUGAAUAAGAACAUCAGUGACAAGCAGGGUAGUGGCUCAACCAGGAAAAAUAAACCAACUAAUAAUGGCUUGUGGCAGCUGUUGGUACCUCUAGACCCCUAAUGAGAGUUCUUUUAGCCGCGCAAUUUCAAUUCAGUGGAAUAUACCACCAAUUUGUCCAAAAAGAGAAAAAAAGAACUACUAGAUAAACUAUCUGUAUGUUUGUAAUUUUGCUUUUUUUUUUUUUUGUGUAGUAGAGAUGUACCUGGCAUCUUAAAUGAGAUUACAAUAUGUUACUCUGGUA